AUGAAUGCUUCUCAGGAAAGCAACGAAUUCGUCGAGCCAGCUCCGCGUCCACCGACGUCUGGCCCGUCUGCAGUUGCAUCUACAUCUCGCGUUGCACUUUCCUCGACCGCGGUGGCCGUCCCAGAAACCAGCAUCGAACAUCCUGCCGAUGGCACAACCCCAGACUCACCAUCGAACGCCGGUGAUGACCACAACAAACCGAUGCCUGCCACGCAGCCUGCCCCUUCUGCUGCGUCAAAGGCCAGAACUUUCAUCAAGAGCUCGUCACCGGACGUCCAACUUCGCAUCUAUCUACCGAGAGAAUUGGAUCACACGCUCACAAAAAAGCUCAAGAUCAUCAUCAGCACUCAUGGCGGUGUCAUGGAGUCUCGCCUUGGCAAGGCCGACAUGAUCGUCGUUGAUCCUAAACUCAUGACCGCCGCUCGAAAGCUGCUCAAACAGGCUAAUGAGUUGGGCCAGCCAAUCCCGGUCGUCACACUCGACUACCUCUACGACUGUGCUUCGCAAUGCGCUCAGCUGGAUGUCCACGAUCCCAAGUACAAGUUCCAACCGACUCCACCCUCAUCAGAACGAGCAAACCUUCCAGCGCCCGCACCGCGCUCCCUCAACGGCCGCAAUGCCUUUACGGACGCCGAUCGCCAAGCCAUCAUCUCGUACUUUGUCGACAAAGACGAGGCCUCGUGGAGUCUCAAUGCAGCGGCCAGAGAGCUCGCAGCUUGCAUCCCCACCCACCCACAUACAAGCUUCCAAUCCUAUCUGCAAAACAAUUUCGACAAGGGCUGGAAUCUUAGACGUGAGAUCCGUGCUGCACGACGCGAUGCACUCGGUGGCGAUCCAUCUCAACUUCAAGCACGCAUUCUCAGGUCGCAGUACACUCCUGAGCCCCUUCCAUCGGAGGAGUCUGCCCCCUCCGACGGUUGGCCCCAUGCCUCCUCGCCACCAGCAGCAGGAGCACAAGCACAAAUAGACCACGAGCAAGGCCGUGCGUCACACCACUCGAGUCAACAAGACGAAGAUGAACCAGAUCUGCAGGUGCGCAAACCCAAUCCGGGCGUCACGAUCGACAACGUCGAAAGAAGCCCCACAAAGAUCAAGCAGCCAGUCGAAUACGCCUCAUCUGUAGUGUCUUCUCCCGGUACCACCCCUCCGCCUUCCGUCUCACUAGCGGGACGCGCUCUGGUCUCCGGAGUCCGCGCUUCAUCUGAUGACGAGGAAUCAGAUCCGGACGAGUAUUCUCCAAAGAUGAUGAUGGAACUACUGCGUACGCAAACACCUUCACGCUCCGGGCCUCCACAGAAGUCCCGACCAAAGCCGCGGCAGACCGAAUCAUCCAGCAGCUCGUCGGAUGAUUCGGAGCUCGAUCAGCUUAACCAGGAUGACGACAAGGAUCUCAUCGAGACAGCUCCACCAAAAGACAACCCAGCACGGGCAGAUCGAAGUCGCGCCGAACAAUCAGAAGAUCCCGAAUGGGAAGGAUCUCGACGCCUCGAACGAAGGAUGGGCUUAGGCACGUCUCAAGGCAAACGUGCCGACGUGCGGGUCAAAUUUACCCAAGACGAAAAGAACGCUCUGCUCAACACACUCGUCGAUCACGUCCUGGCCAAAGGGAGCCAUCUGCCACCGGCUACGCAAGACGCUAUCAUUGCGAAGCCUGAAGACUCCUUCUGGGAACAGUUCGCCGUCGUGCAUUCCAAGCACUCGGCCGCGUCAUGGCGCAGUCACUACCUCAAGAACCGUCCUGUGUACAAAGAGAUGAUCGACCUCAUGAUCCUCGACCGCGUAGCUGGACAAGCAGAAGACGACUCUGACGACGACGAGGAAGGAAGUACCAGUUAUGACGGAAGCCUUGGAGAAGGCGAAGAUGGUCUCGCCGCGGAGCAACAGCGUGAUGAGCAUCUGUCGACUGCUGAUGAGACAGGCUCUUCGAGAGUCGUAUCAGCUCCUGCCGAGGACAUUCCUAAGAAGCUUGCUGCGAAGACCAACGGCUCCUUUCGUGCGGAAGACACAGGGGCGCCUUCUGAUGGGGUCGUCGUUUGGAUGCCGCCACUUGUUGCUAAGCCGCUAUCCGAGAGACGGUCACCAUCCAGCGAGGAAUGGCCAGAAACGCCGCCGCCGCCUCCAAUGCACGACGUCGACGAAGAAGAAGAAGAUAUGAUGCAGGUCGAGGCCGAGAUCGAUGCCUCUGUGGUCUACUCUGCACCCUCUCAGGAGGAAAGCCCUGAUGGGCCCGUUGCUGACAAAGGUGACAGUCUUGACGCAGAUCCUGAGGCGCUCGAGCAGGUCGCAAACGAAGAAUCUGCCGGUAGCUCUUCGAGGCCUUCCCUGGAAGCACCACGCCGAUCUCAGCGAAACACAGCGCAUGUCGAGCAUCGGCGCUCAUCAAGUAUGGUGCAAGCUGGCACACCCGUGCUAGCUCAGCACCGCGACGCGCCCUUCUACGACUUUACUAUGGACAGCGACGAGGAGCAACGCAUCCGCAAGGCUCGGUCUCGCCCGUCGCUGCCCAAUCUGCAAAGUCACCAGGACGGAGCCUCACCGAAGGUGCAAAAGUCGCGCAUCACGGCUGAUCGUGUUCUUGGCCAUUUUGCCACACCGUCUCGAAGCCAGAAGCCCGCAGCCACUCGUCAGGUCUUGUCGGUAGGCCGUCGCAAUGAGGACGAUCGCUUCCAGCGCACACGAGAGUGGGCGCGCAGCGUGUCUCGCACCCCUCCGUCUGGCUCCUCGGACGCUUUGCCGAGUAUGGCCGUUGCAAUCACCGAGUCGUCUCGCUCUCGCGCCAGCCGCAUCCUCCGUGGACCCGUGCUCCGUUCUCCCUUUGCGGCCGAGGAGACGCCGUCGCGCCAGCACGACAGACCGCAGUCCUUGCGACACAUUUCGCGCGGACGUGACUCAGGCGCACUUGCCCCCGUGAGCCCAACGCCGGUGCGCGCUCGAGCAAAGGUUGUGGACGCGUUAUCGGAGCAAAACGCAGCCCGAUCGGCUCAGCACGCAGCGCGCAUGCGGUACCGUGCUUCAGUCGUGCAAUUCCGCGAAGAGUUCGGAGUUGACUCGCGCUUAGGAGCGACGCUGCUUAUGCGCUUUGGGGGCUACGUUGACGACGCUCGUGACGGCAUCCGGGCAUGGCUCAACGAGAUCUACGAAGCGUACGGUGUCGAAGCUGACGUGGCGUUCGAAUACGUCAAGACUUCGCAGGGAGAUUUUGACCAAGCUGAGACUUUUCUCCGGCUGGCCGCCAUGACCCGCUCCGGCAGUACGUCCAACCGCUCUUCCGGCAAUGUGUCGCGUGCUGCAACAUACUCUACCAGCCCCCGGAAGCGUAGUGGCAUCGCCGACGAGCGCAGCUUCACCCGUCCCGAGGCAUCAAAGCGAUUCCGCAGCUAG